AUGAGAGAAGAUAGGAAUCAAAUCGAGGCGUGCUUUAGAUUGGUACUAAAGGAAGACCUAAGGGGUGAUGUUGUAUCGAUGGAUGUCCAUGAACGUGCACGUGAACUCGAACACGAACAUGAACAUGAACAUGAACACGUGAAGAAGGUGACGGCAUCAAGCACGGACCCCAUCUGCGGUGCUUGCGGCAUGCUCAUUGCUGACUACUCCUUUGGCUGGCUCAUCCACCACGCUUGCUUGGAGUCGCUUGGAAGGCAGUCGAAGUUGAUUGCCUCCUGCCCUGGAGUCUCGGAUACGGUAGUGAGUGAUACCAAUUACCGACCACAACGCCACAGGCCACCUACAGUCAUCAACCACGCAAUCGCCCACCCCGCCGCCAUGUUCGCCAGCUUUACCGGCAACACGCGUCGGCCCCGGCAAGUCAACCUGGGUGGAAGGAAGACGAAUCCGUUUGGCACGCCCGUCUCGGGUGGGGGCUCACAGGCUGCCCUUGACCGGGCACAGCAAGAGCGAGCACAGCGGCAACGGGAGCGAGACACUCUAAACGCGGCCAAGCGAAUACAACGAGUCUGGAGGGGACAUGCUAGUAGGAAGGAAGUGGCCGACCAGCUACGGCGGGAAUGGGAUUCGUCAGAGAGCGCGACGGGCGCUCUACAGACGGUGGCAUAUGACUCAGAGGACGACGCUCUUGCAAGUUUGCAGCGGCUACUGCGUUUUGCUUCGGCACGGAAUGACGAGGACCUGCGGCGGAUACAUCACUUUGGAGUACGACAAAUGGAGACGGUGAAGAAGCUGGGUUUGACAUCCAGUGGGCCAUGGCCCUUUGCGUACCAUCGGCUUCAGCGUCUAUUGCUCGCCUCCUUGGAAGACCGAAUUCAAUUACCCACAACAUCUGACGCGGAAAUUGGCCUGUCUUUGAGACUCUUGCGCUUCGUGGCCGACCUAAUACCUGCCAAAACGUCUCAGCAUGCUCAGCAGUACUACCGCACCCUGGCCCGCGUCAUCUCGAAAUUCGCGCCAGAUCUGGACUCACCAGAAGCUACGAAUGCGGAAGUGUGGGAAACAUUGAUUGGCACAAUCAUUUCGCCGUUGAGCCAGGUGACUGGGUAUACUUUGGAUGCAUACGAGGCCUAUGGUGUAUCGUUGCUUGUACUCCCGUUGCUCAGCUCGGACUCUACAUUCCCGUCGCUACAGAAGUUUCGCGACUCGCUCGCCAAUGCAAUCAACUAUAAGUUACUGGCAAAUGCACUGGCUACCCUCUUCAAGACAUCAGGACUACAAGGCAAGCCUGAGCUGAAGAGCUCGAUUAGCAGAUUGCGCUUGUUGGGAUCUUUCAUCUAUCUACAUCGCUACGCCCACAACUUUAGCAGUCCCGAAUCAUACGCCGUGCACAAGGACUUUGUCUCAGUAGUAUCGAUCCUGCUAAAUUCUCUUCUCAUCAACAUUGUCGAUGACUCGCAUCCCAUUUCUGAAGUCACCGAACAGGAUGGAGAUGAUCUUGGAUCUGAUGCAGUGACUGCAUUCUUAAAGGAACAAGUAACCUCCCUCGUUCAACAAGAGGGUAUUGGCAGUCUGUUGGCCGGUUCUUCACAGUCAACGGACGCUUCAGAAGAUGAUAAGAUUGAAGAAGCACGGCAGUUAGCGAACUACGCCUUAGCUCUCCUCCGGUUCUUCCCACGACGUGGUGACGAGAUCCGCAUGUGGCUUCAUAUCGGUCCCACAGAAGCAUCCUCUGCACAAAAUGCGCAAAAACUGCCUGCCAUACGAUAUUUCUGGGAGGCUUCAAAACGUUCUACGGUGUUCACUACCAUCUUCCGGGACUCAAGAGCGGCUAUUGGACUGCUCAAACCGAAGACAGCUACUCAAGAUGGUGUGGCACGCGUCGACAGUUCAAGCUCGUCGCAACACGGAACCUGGCAGCCAGCACAGCAGGAGAUUGAUCGUGAUUCUGUCAUUACGGAUGAAUGGAGAGUGAUACUUGUCUUCUUAGAGCUGUAUACUUUUGUCCUGAAGGUAACAGAUGACGAGGAAUUCUUCUCGGCCGGCCAGCAUGACAUCUACUCCAGCCAGGUUCGUGACAGUGGCUUGCCACUGGGCGAAGUCAAGGAUCUGACAACUUUUUUGAAGAAUUUGGGUUUCACUCUCUACUUCAACGCCGCUGAUAUUACAAUGACAGAGGAAGUCGCUUCGAACCUCACCAUGGGGCUUUCCUACUUUAGCUCUAAAGCUAUGGAUUUGCAGACCCAGAGGGAGCCCGUGGAGUCGUCUAUAGGCGGUGUUGCAGGACUAAAAAUCGACUAUGUGAAGGGUCUGGUCACAGGGCUCCUUCGUAUGGUAUAUGAACGGGACUCGCGCCGCAAAUUUCUGCCUGAAGGCCAUUGGUUGAUGACCUCACGAUUCGACAUGACUGGAUUCAUCCCUGCCGUGGUGCAAGAAGAGGAGUCGCGCCACAAGAUUCAAGAGGAAGAUGCGGAUGAUAUCGACGACGAAGAGGACGAACUCGACGAUACGCCUCAGCUCAUUGGCACCAGUAGAACCCAGCAACAACGUCGAUUAGAAAAACUGCAGCGUCAGCAGCGCAGGGCUUCAAGACGGAGAUAUUUACAAGCUGUGGCGCCUCGCUUGGAGAUACUGCAAAACAUGCCCUUCUUCAUCCCCUUUGCUACUCGAGUACAGAUUUUCCGCGAAUUUGUACACCUGGACAUGACAAAACGCAGAGGCGGUUCGGAUCCAGACUCAUGGCGACUCAGGACAAUGCAGCGUCCGGAUGCCAGAAGUCAUUUCCUGAGGCAAGCAGCCAGGAUCCGAAGAGAAAACGAGUUUGAAGAUGCUUUUGAGCAAUUCUAUCCACUAGGUUCUGGACUGAAGGAGCCGAUCUCCAUUACAUUCAUGGACCAAUUUGGAGAACCUGAGGCUGGUAUAGAUGGUGGCGGUGUGACCAAAGAGUUUCUCACUAGCGUUACUGAUCGGGCAUUCAUGCCAACCAACUUUAUCGACAUGUUUGUUGAGAAUGACCAGCAUCUUCUUUACCCGAAUCCUGCAGCAGUGGACGAACACAAGGAAGCGCUACGACAAGCUGGUUUGCGGGAGAACUCACCAGAGUCUCGGCUUCAGAUAUCGGAACUGCUACAGAAAUAUGAAUUCCUAGGUCGGAUCAUUGGAAAGUGCCUCUAUGAGGGAAUCCUCGUAGACGUCAACUUUGCCCCAUUCUUCCUGCGUAAAUGGGCCUUGACUGGCGGAGCGGGUUCCGCUCCGAACGAAACUGGCUACCGCCCUACUCUCAAUGACUUGCGCGAUCUGGAUGAAGAGCUCUAUCAAGGUCUCCACAAGCUAAAGACCUACCCUGGUGACGUUGAGGACUUCUCUCUCAACUUCACUGUGACGGACAAUAUCACCAUCGACCACACUAGCAAUCCCAAAAAGACCAAAGCCGUGACCAAGGAGCUUAAGCCUGAUGGAGCUAAUACGCCCGUCACCAACCAAAAUCGACUGGUCUACAUAAGCUACAUGGCGCGCCACCGCCUACAAAACCAACCGUAUCUCCAGACCACCGCCUUUCUCCGCGGCCUUGGCACAAUGAUCCAGCCGUCCUGGCUGUCUAUGUUCAAUCAUUCGGAGCUCCAAACACUGAUCAGCGGUACCCGCACCUCUAUCGAUGUUGAAGAUUUGCGCCGCAACACCGUAUACGGCGGUCUCUACUUGAUCGGCAACCAAGGGCUCGAACAUCCCACCAUACAGAUCCUUUGGAAAGUCAUGAAGGAGAUGUCGGAUGAUGAACGUCGUGCGGUGCUCAAGUUUGUAACAAGUACGCCUCGUGCGCCGUUGCUAGGGUUUGGCACGCUGAAUCCAAGAUUCAGCAUUAGAGAUGCAGGGAGUGAUCAGGAGAGAUUACCGAGUACGAGUACUUGUGUCAACUUACUGAAGCUACCCAUGUAUCGGGACGAGAAGACUUUGAAGGAGAAGUUAUUGUAUAGUAUUUUUAGUGGGGCUGGUUUUGACCUAAGCUAA